CACUCGGGCCUCGAUUAUUUAAAAAUCAACAGAGAUAUUUAAUUCCAUUCUUGUAUCUGCUGCAUAAAUUUGUAAGUCAAACAUUUAAAAUUAUUGAUUUUUAUAUAUGAAACCAAUUCUAAUGUACUCAAUUCCACACAAUUCCGCUCAAUUCCGAGCAAUUCUACGCAAUUCUUCUCAAUUCCACACAAUUCCGUGAAUAUUUAAUUGCUUUCUUUUUUGCAAUUUUAGCGCAAUUGCACGCAAUGAAAUGGUGCAAGAGGAAGCAACCAUUGCGCGCAAUUCCACACUAUUCUGCGUAACAGAAUUCCGAUUGGAAACCCUAGUCUAGAUUUUUUGGGUGUAUGGUUUAAAAGAAAGAAAAUCUGUUCAUUGUUGCAUGUAUCUAUAAAGCUAGAAGUUACUGGUCUGACUACUUCUUGUUAUCUCCAAAUCCAGAUCAAGUCAAGCUGAUGGAAACUGUCGUCUUUAUCAAUGAUACGAUUGAGGCAGUAAAACAAACUUAUUAUGAUAAAGAUGCUGUUCUCAUGAAUGCUAAGAGCAGAGUAGAAGCAGCUGUGAGGGAGGACCCAGAGUUUCUUGAGAUUCUGUUGAAAACUAAAGAACCUCCUUUUUAUUAUGGAAAGGAAAAACUAUGGCCCUUUUAUGGUUUUUGGCUGAUGCAUAAGAAUUCUAUUUGGUCUGAACAUAUACAUUAUCAUUUAUUAGUUUGUCAGCAGGGUGAAUUAGAAAGAAAAGUGUGGAAUAGUAUAAUUGGAAAACCAAUGUUUCCAGAAUAUUCUUCAAAUUUGGUAAACAUUUAA